CCUGCUGCGGUUCGCCCUCCCGCCGCGAGAGACCCCGGCUCCUUCCAUAGCGCCUCGCACCACCUCCAGUCUGGUGUGCCAGAGCCAUUUUGGCUGAUGGCAAGACGCUCCCUACUAGCCUUCUCAUGUCGGUUUCUACCCACCCAGGUCCGUUUAUCAAGCCCUUCAGACACACUGGCAGGUGCUGUGCCAGACGCUGCCUCUGAGGUUGGCCCGGUCCCCUAGAAGGCAGAUAGUUCCCCCUGUAGGUUUCGAUUAGCAGACAGUUCUUUGCACUGGGAGUCUUCGACUGGAGCUGUGAACUCCUCUGCCCGCGUCCCCCUACCUGGUGGGCUUUAGAACCAUGGCAACGGAGGAGAAGAAGCCAGAGACAGAGGCCGCCAGAGCACAGCCCACCCCUUCCUCCUCGGCCGCGCAGAGCAAGCCUACCCCCGUUAAACCAAACUAUGCUCUAAAAUUCACCCUGGCUGGCCACACGAAAGCCGUGUCCUCUGUGAAAUUCAGCCCGAACGGGGAGUGGCUGGCAAGUUCAUCUGCUGAUAAACUCAUUAAAAUUUGGGGAGCGUAUGACGGAAAAUUUGAGAAAACCAUAUCUGGUCACAAGCUGGGGAUAUCAGAUGUGGCCUGGUCGUCAGAUUCCAACCUCCUUGUUUCCGCCUCAGAUGAUAAAACCCUAAAGAUCUGGGACGUGAGCUCGGGAAAGUGUCUGAAAACCCUGAAGGGGCACAGUAACUACGUCUUUUGCUGUAACUUCAACCCCCAGUCCAACCUCAUCGUCUCGGGCUCUUUUGAUGAAAGCGUGAGGAUAUGGGACGUGAAAACAGGGAAGUGUCUCAAGACUCUGCCUGCACACUCGGACCCGGUUUCAGCUGUUCAUUUUAAUCGGGAUGGAUCCUUGAUAGUGUCAAGUAGCUACGAUGGUCUCUGUCGGAUCUGGGACACCGCCUCUGGCCAGUGCUUGAAGACACUGAUCGAUGACGACAAUCCUCCUGUGUCGUUUGUGAAGUUCUCUCCAAAUGGCAAGUACAUCCUGGCCGCGACCUUGGACAACACGCUGAAACUCUGGGACUACAGCAAAGGGAAGUGCCUGAAGACAUACACCGGCCACAAGAAUGAGAAAUACUGCAUUUUUGCCAAUUUCUCAGUCACUGGCGGGAAGUGGAUCGUGUCUGGUUCCGAGGACAACCUGGUGUACAUCUGGAACCUGCAGACCAAGGAGAUCGUACAGAAAUUACAGGGCCACACAGACGUUGUGAUCUCAACAGCCUGCCACCCGACAGAGAACAUCAUCGCCUCGGCCGCGCUGGAGAACGACAAGACCAUCAAGCUCUGGAAGAGUGACUGUUAGGCGCUGUGGGCGCCGCGGGGGGGACGGUCAGGAAGGUGCCCCGGCGGCAGGAGCGCGGUGUCUGGAAGGGCGCCCCUCGGUCUGGGCCUGGGGGUCGGGACGGGCCUGGAUUAAGCCGCCUCUGAGGACGAUGUGGUGGAGGGGGUGUCUACCACCGGAAAGUUCUAGAAGUUGCUGGUGACAUUUCUUGCUGAUCCCUCUCACACUGUCUGGGGAAGUUUGUAGUCUGUAUUGUGUUCAGAGUCAACAAAAAUUUUUAAUUUUUUAUUACAGAAGGGUGAAGUUCAAUUUAUCAUGAGUUGUGUUUUUUUCCAGUAAAUGUUCUGUCCCUUCUUCGGUAUGUAAGCACCCAAUGCAAGCGCUGUGAGCCCCCGCGGCCAGCCCCCCGUCUGUUCAGUAGAUGCUCUAGCGACCCGGCCCGCGGUCACCGGUUCCUGCUGGAGCGCCGAGUGUUGUUUCAAAGUCUUUCUGGAAAACGCAGAACACUGUAAGGUUAAUCCCGUGUAAAAACCCUUUGUGUGGGAGUUCGUGGUCCCUGUGCCGACAGUGUGGUGUCGUGCCGUAGCUCCCCGCGUCCCCCCCGCGUCCGCGACGCGCACGGCCACCAGCUGUGGUACGAGGUGGGAGUCUCGCCGCCGCGCUGGGCUUCUCCCGCCAGGCCCGCGUGUGCUCGGCCCCUUCCUGAGAAGUCCUUGGUGGCAGGAGGUUGAGGAUGGCCGCGGGAAGGACUCGGCUCUCCUGUAGGUCGGGAGUGCGUCACGGGGGCCGGGGACAACCCGGGGCAGUGUGGCUGGAGAGGAGCCGGCCUGGGCUGCGGGAGGCCCCGGUUCCGAGGCCUGGGCUCAGGCUGGGCUUCGGAACCCGCAGGCUUGCUGGGGGCCUUGGGGCCGGCACUGGGAGCCGCCCGCUCCAGCGGGCCUCUCGGUGGUGGUUGGAACCUCCAGCAGCGCGGUUGCCAACGGUGGGGGGGAGCGGGGGUGGUGCUGUGCUGAUCCCAGGCGCGGGACCCCUGUCCACACCCCCGUCCUCCGCCAGCAGCAGGUGGCUGAAGCGUGGGCCCUGCCUGUGCUGGGUCUGUGGAUGGAGCCGCGCCCACCCUGCCUUUCCUAAGGCCCUGAGUCCUGGGAGGGGGAAUAGGGGGCUGCCCUCGACGGGCUUCCGGGGCCCCCUCCAGUGGCCACUGUCACUUGGACAGCGCUGACCAUUCUGGUAGAAGGCAUGUGGAAACCGGCUUCCUUCUGUUUCCCCGGCCUCUCCCCGGGAGGUGGACAGCAGGUGGGCUGUCCCGCUGGAGUGACAUGUGGUCAGCGCUCGAGGGGCUGUGGGGGGGGCCUGGUUUGCCACAUAUUUUGGUAGGAAGCGCGAAGGUAUUGCUGCCCGCCCCUGGGAGCAGGGGGGUGUGGACACGGAGCUCUGUGCCCUUGGAUAUAGUUUAUUUUUUCUACGUUUGAAUUCUCUGUUGUAGAUUUGUGUAAAAAUACAUUCUCUCUUUUAAAAAUAAAAAUUUUCAUGUCUUGUAA